AUGAAUGUUGGCGGCGGAAAGUGGCGUCUGGUUUAUAAAGCGUUGUAAGGAAAAAAAAAAAAAACACAAAAAAAACAAGAGAAGUAGUUUAUUUUAUUUUUUGUUGCAUGGCUUUCAAACCCUUUCUACUUCCCAUCUCCUCAAAACUCGAUCUUGGUGACACUAGGACCUGGAAAUUCACAUCUCUGCUAUGGCUUGCAGUUGGAGCAAGCUGUUUAAUGUUGGAGAGGAAUUUGAAGAUGAGGAUUUUCUAUCGGCAGUGGUGGAUUUGGAAACCAAAAUAGGCACUUCCCCUGUAGCGCCCGCCUCUGUGACAAUACAUCACGUUGGUGCAGGUCUCAGAGCUCCAACAACAGCCAGCCUGCAAACCCCCAGUGUGAAACCAAGGCACCUUCAGCAUCUUCCAGAAACAUCACCAUCCCUAUCGCCAAACAGUCCGGUCCUACAGACCAGUAAACAUGGCACCCCAGACUCAGAAAUACAGCUUUCUAGUGUCACUGCACAGCAACAGAACGGUGCGUCUAAGUUCAGAUUUGUGAGCAAGGCAAACUCAUUUAUCACUGGCAACCCUCAGGGUGUGGAUGCAGAUGACUUUGACAACCUAGAUCUCUCUCUGCCAGCUUACAAAGAACCCAUUGCUGUGGGGAGUGGGUCAGUUUCUGAACAGGCAGUGCGAGAGAACAAGCGCCCUGAAAUACACGGCUUCACUGUGUCAUCAACUAGAACUCCACAGAUGCGCCCCAGAGUGGAUUCUGCUUUUCACGAGUCCGCAGCGAAACGGCCGCGUGAUUCCGAUCCGGGCCGUCAUCAGGAUGGGAGGUCCAGGUUUCUUCAGACUUCCACUUCAGAAUACACAGUUCCUGAAAGCUCAGACAAUCAAACCAAUUGCUUACGCAAAAUGGGAGAGAUUCCUGUCUCCGGCAGUAUGCAAACAAACAUUCCUCAAGCAACUCCGUUAACUGUUUGUCCAGCUCCUUCAUCACCCAGAAGACAGGCACUAAGACCAGUAGCAGCCUGCUUAAGGAGUCCGAGUUUUAGCUACACACCCAAUAGAACGCCUAAUAACCCCCGGCUUGCAAGACCACCGACCCCAGCUCAAAAUUACAUCUACCCCAGCAGUGCAGGUUCUAGCAGACCAGCCUGGUCCCCCAAGGAACCCCCUACCAUCCAGCCCACCACUCCAGUAUCGGCCCCGAGGAUGCCCUGUUCCCCUGCAGCCACUCCCAGCUCCCUGCAGACCCCAGUCUACACAAACCACUUAGUGCAGCUGGUCUCGGCAGCUAACAAGACCCCCCAGUCUGCUGCCUGGGGCACCCCCCGGGCCAAGACCAGGCGCUUCCCAGGGCCAGCGGGGAUUCUGCCCAAGCAGCUCACUGGGAGAAACCUGGAAGAAGUCAUGGUCUCUGCUCCACAGACCCCAGCGCAUGGAGCUCUAGCGAAGCUGCAGCCCCAGCAGAGCCCAAGUUCUCAGCAGAUGGUGGAAGAUGAGUUUGAACGAGGUCCUUGGACAGCAAUGAAGACUGAGCUAGGACUGGAUGAGAAGAAUCCCUCCAGCUUUCUCCGAACAUACAGUAUUAUCAUGGUGCUCCGCAAGGCUGCUUUAAAACAGCUCCCUAAAAACAAGGUGCCCAACAUGGCGGUGGUGGUGAAAUCACUUACACGCACAAACAGCGACGCCAGGGCUGUGUUCAGGGACCCAACGGGAGAGAUUCAAGGGACUGUUCAUAGGCAGCUACUGGAGGAGAGGCAGCCUGAACUGAAGAGUGGUGCCGUGCUGCUUCUAAAGCAGGUUGGAGUGUUUUCCCCAUCCCAUCGUAAUCAUUACUUGAACGUGACCCCGAACAACUUGCUCAGAAUUUACUCCCCUGACGGGACAGAGUGGGCCUCCAGCCAGCUGCCCCAGAAUGCACUGAACAAGACCUGCUCAGGCCUGGAGCAGUCAAAGUGCAGAUCUGGGGGCAGCAUCUGGAGAAUGGACCCGAGUGGCCGACGGGAUGAGAACAGCAAUGCCAGCAAGCCUUCUAAAGAGCCGCUCGGUUCACAGCUCAGUCUUGAACCCAGAAGGAGGGGGGACACAGCCCUGCGAGGCCCAGCAGGAGAUCUAGAGAACAGUGCAGAUUGGGAAGCAGACGACCUAGAUAACCUGCUGGGAGAGCUCCCUGAAGAGUCCUUCUCUGCUUUCUAAUUCCGCUGCCUUGCUCCUCACUGGUAAUUUUGGGGGAAAAAAUGCAUAAACACUGGAAUAUAUAAUUUUUGUAAAUAGUUACAAAGUGUAUCAGUCAAAUUAAGAUAUAUUUUUUGUGAGACAUAUUGCUGUGUGUUAUAUAAAAAGGUAGCUUACUGUAUUUUUCAAAUAAACAUUUAGAAUGUAACUACUAAACACUUAUUUCAAAUUGCCCAGAUGCUGGAAAAUCUUUUCAGAUACUGUACCAUAUAAUACAUUUGCUUUUUCAGACAUGUUUUACAUUUAAAUGUCUGGAAUUUAUUUUUGAGACCACAAUAAAAUCUGUGCCCGUAUACUGCUUGAUUUUGAUC